AUGGUUUUCGAAGACGAAAGCAGUGAGGACACGUCCAGCCUGCCGUACAUGCACUCGACCUCAUCCACGGACGGGCUUAACCAGGUCCCUUUCAGCGUUGAAGAUCCAGAUUACCAGGGGCUUGAGCUGGAAACGAUGUCGCCAUGUGAGAAGCACGGCAAGGCAUCUGAGAGGCUUGUCGCAUUUGAAGGAAUAGACACAGGGAGAAGGUUCCUAGAAGGGCAGAAUUGUGGGUUUGUUGAAUGGGUUGAUCACCAGUGGCCCCCAACAAUGCAAAAUGCAUUAUUGAAGCUGUGGGCCAUGGUUGAAGAUAGCAAGAGUGCUAGGGUGAAUGAUAAUCUUGAAAGUUCUUUCACUAUCCACCAUCUGACAGAAGAGAAGAACAAGCUGGAGGCCAACUAUGACAAGUUAGUCCAAGAUGUGCAUGAACUUAUGAGCUUCCAGGAGGACAGGGUGGUGGAUUUCAGAUAUCUGCAGGAUAACCUUACAUAUCAGCAGCAGUGCAGAAGUGAACUGCUGGCUGAUAUGAAGGCACAGAUGGCAAAGAAAGAUGCAGAGUUUGAGAAGCUUAAGCAGAAUUAUGAAGUGCUACUGAACCUGACAAGAGCACAAGCAACAGUCAUCCAGAACUUGAAGUUGAAGCAUAUUAAAGACAAGCAAUUGUUUAGUGAAGAUAAGAUGAACUUGGAGUUGAAGAAUGCAGAGCUCACAAAGUCUGAGGAGAAGCUCACCCAAGAGAAGCUAGAGUUGAAGCUUCAGAUUGCUGAGCUGAUGAAGGCAGAGGAGAAGCUGAAGGAGAAGAUCAAGGGGAUCCAGGCCAUCUUAGAGAAGUGA